AUGCCUAUAACUAGACUGUGGUUGGAUGAGUUAGAUAGGAUACCAUCUGUCAGUAAUGGCUCUGACUACUUCAGUAUUUCUUUUUUGACAGGUAAGUGGUGGGGACGGACGGAUAUCCAGCCUGUAAUUGCUUUGCAUGGAUAUGAGGAUAAUGCUGGGACUUUUGAUCCUUUAGUUCCUCAUUUAAAUGUGGAUGGACUUUUGGCUAUUGACUUUCCUGGACAUGGACAUUCAUCCCAUUUCCCAGUUGGAAAAUUUUAUCAGUUUGUGGAUGCUGUGUUAACACUACGUUUGAUUACAAGGCAUUUCAAGUGGAAUAAGGUAUCACUCAUUGGACACUCUUUUGGCAGUGCGACAAGUUUAGCGUAUGCUGCAACAUAUCCUGAAGAAGUAGACAAAUAUGUUAGCAUUGAAUGCGCCAGGACAAUGUUGGCUGUGAGGCCAGUAGUUGAUGUUAAAGCUUAUCAGUUUGCUGACUGGAUCAUAUCUGUUGAAGACAAAAUGGAAAAAAAUAAGCCCCCAAGUUACACUUAUGAGGAAAUACUGAAACGUCUUUAUGAAGGUAGUGAAAAAUCACCAACAAUAGACUCGUGUAAAAUAUUGCUUCGGAGAGGAGCAGUUCGUGUGCCUCAUGGUGAUGAAGACAGGUAUUACUUCUCACGGGACCCACGGCUGAGGAUCCAUGUCUGGGGCCGUCUCUCAUUUGAUGCUAUUGUUAGCUUAGCUCAGAAUGUGAAAUGCUCCAACCUUAGCAUAAGAGGUAAUCAAGGUUCUAUUGUUGGUAUACAUGAGGAAGUGUACAUGAAGACUGUAGAGAUGAUGAAGAAGAAUGGCAGCAGAGUGGAUCAUUAUAAUGUGGAUGGCACUCAUCAUCUGCAUCUAAAUAACCCAGAGAGGAUAUCACAUCUCAUUAACAAGUUCCUGUUAUCAUGACAAUAGUUGUAUCUACUGAACUAAGGUAAAGAUACAGACUGGGAAGAAAAGUGGCAUGACAGAGACAGGAUUUUGGAUUUGGUUGUAUAAUCAAAUGAAUUGGUAAUGCUUUUUAUUAAUGGCUUAUUUAAGCUGGGUCUUCUGUUGGGGAAUACACACUAGUCAUAUAAUAAUUUUUUUUUCCUAAUUUGGGGCCACAGUCAAUUUCUUUAAAGUCAGUACCACCAUUAGACUGUUGUUUAUUUACAGUGUUCCAUUUACACUUAACACAAUCAUGAUU